GAAUCCCGCCCCACCCGGGCGCCCGCGGGGAUCCAGGUUGGAGCUAGGCGCGGCGAGGCUAGUGCACCCGCUGGCCCGGCCGGGACGCGCUCAGCGGCGGGGCAGCUCACAGGGGGAGCGAGCAUGCGGGGGGACCCUGCGGCCUGGCGGCCGGCGCUCACUUCGCCGUCGCUGCUACCUUUGCUGCUGCUGCUGCUGCUGUCGUCCCAGGCUGCUGCGCUGCACUCAAGCGAGCUUUUCCCUUAUGGUCAGUCGCUGGGGGACCAGCUGCUGCAGGAAGGCGACGACGAAAGCUCAGCCGCGGUGAAGCUGGAGACUCCCCUGCACUUCUACGAAGCCCAGUUCAGCCACCUCUACGUGGGCACCAACGGCAUCAUCUCCACUCAGGACUUCCCCAGGGAGACUCAGUAUGUGGAUGAUGAUUUCCCCACAGACUUCCCGGCCAUUGCCCCCUUCCUGGCCGACAUCGACACCAGCCAGGGGAGGGGGCGCGUUCUGUACCGCCAGGACACCUCCGCGGCAGUGCUGGGCCUGGCGGCUCGCUACGUGCGCGCGGGCUUCCCGCAAGCUGCGGCACAUUUCACGCCUACCCACGUCUUCCUUGCCACCUGGGACCAUGUGGGCGCCUACGAGGAGGCCACGCGCGGUGUACCACCUUCCGGAGAACUGAAUACUUUCCAGGCAGUUCUGGUAUCUGAUGGGUCUGAUACCUACGCCCUCUUUCUUUAUCCUGCCAAUGGCCUUCAGUUCUUUGGAACCCGCCCCAAAGAAUCGUACAAUGUCCAGCUUGAGCUUCCAGCCCGGGUGGGCUUCGGCCGAGGGGAGGCUGAUGACCUGAAGCGAGAGGGACCUUAUUUCAGCUUGACUAGCACAGAACAGUCUGUGAAAAAUCUUUACCAACACAGUAACCUGGGCAUUCCUGGAGUGUGGGCUUUUCAUAUAGGCAGCACCUCCCCGCUGGAAAAUGUCAGGCCUGCAACAGUUGGAGUUCUUUUCAAAGCCUCCUCUUCAGCUCCCCUGGAACAUUCCUUCAGUCAUGCUGCAGACCUAGAAAGAGACUAUACUGAAGACAAUUUGGAUUAUUAUGAUGAGAUCAAGGAGGACGUUGAAGAUCCCCCAGAUAGCCUAGAGAAGACCUCAAAUGGCCAUGGCCAUACUGAACUUUCCUCUCAUUCUAAAGCUGAUUCAAGGCCCACGGGACAUGGAAUCUCUCCCUCAGAUUCUGAUCUGGCCUCCCCUUUACCACAUUUAACACCAAGUGAGUGGCCAUUUUACCCUGAAACACAGUCCACUAUCAUGGACCCUCAAACCAAAGUGGGGAGACCGCUGGAGAAUACAUAUGUCUUAGAUACUAAAGGCCAAGCCGAGUCUUCUGAACAGCCAGGGCUCAGAAGAUUGGCACCAUCAGAGAUAGAAAGGAUUUCACUGGAUCCUGCCCAGGAAGCCCCACCAUCCUACCAUGAAAAUACAAGCAUGCAGCCCCACCCAGAUGGAAGGGCAUUACCUGCAGAAGUGGGUAGCCUUCCAGCCCAUCCUGAACAAGAGUCAGUUCUUCUAAAUUAUCCUGUGCCAGGUCACCUUUCACCACAGGGUCGCAUUGAUGACAUCGGUUCCAACAGUGAGGUCGUCACGUAUAAUUCUGCCCACAAGGAAACCUGUGAACACAACCACGGACAGUGCUCCCCCCACGCCUUCUGCACUGACUAUGCCACCGGCUUUUGCUGCCACUGUCAGUCCGGGUUUUACGGAAAUGGGAAGCAUUGUCUGCCGGAAGGGACACCUUAUCGAGUCAAUGGGAAAGUAAGUGGCCACCUUCUUGUGGGCCACACCCCGGUGCACUUCACCGACGUGGACCUGCAUGCUUACAUCGUGGGCAAUGAUGGCCGAGCCUACACAGCCAUCAGCCACAUCCCGAGGCCCGCGGCCCAGGCCCUGCUCCCCCUUGCUCCAAUCGGAGGCCUGUUUGGGUGGCUGUUUGCCUUAGAAAAGCCAGGCUGGAAGAAUGGCUUCAGCCUCACAGGCGCUACCUUUAUCCAAAACAUGGAGGUUACUUUCUACCCAGGGGAGGAGAGGGUGCAAAUCACUCAAACAGCAGAAGGACUUGACCCUGAGAACUACCUGAGCAUUAAGACCAACAUUCAAGGACAGGUGCCUUACAUCCCAGCAAAUUUCACAGCCCAGAUAGCUCCCUACAAGGAGCUGUACCACUACUCAGACUCAGUUGUGACCUCCUCAAGUUCCAGAGACUACUUUCUCAUACUUGGUGGCAUCAACCAAACGCGAUCCUACCGCAUCCAACAGAACAUCACUUACCAGGCGUGCCAGCAUGCCCCCAGGCACCAGGCCAUCUCUGCCACCCAGCAGCUGAAUGUUGACCGGGUCUUUGCCUUGUACACGGAUGAAGAACAAGUGCUUAGAUUUGCUGUGACCAAUCAAAUUGGCCCCGUGGAAGAUGAUUCAGCCCCCGCUCCAGUGAAUCCUUGUUAUGACGGGAGUCACACUUGUGACAUGACAGCUCGGUGUCUUCCAGGGGCAGGUGUAGACUACACCUGUGAGUGUGCAUCUGGGUACCAGGGAACCGGACGGAGCUGUGUGGAUGUGAAUGAGUGUGCAACAGGCUUCCACCGCUGUGGCCCCAACUCUGUGUGCAUCAACCUGCCGGGAAGCUACAGGUGUGAAUGCCGGAGUGGUUACGAGUUUGCUGAUGACCGACACACUUGCAUCUUGAUGGCUCCCCCUGCCAACCCCUGUGAGGACGGCCGUCACACCUGCGCUCCUGCGGGCCAGGCCCAGUGCAUUCACCAUGGCGGCGGCUCGUUCAGCUGCACCUGCCUGCCGGGGUACGCUGGGGACGGUCACGUGUGCACUGAUGUUGAUGAAUGCUUGGAAAACAGAUGUCACCCCUCCGCUACCUGCUACAACACCCCUGGCUCCUUCUCCUGCCGCUGCCACCCUGGAUACCAGGGGGAUGGAAUCCAGUGCAUACCCGAAGACCCUGCCCCGGGACUGAAACCCUGUGAAUACCAGCGCCACAUGGCCCAGGCCCAGUACGCCUAUCCUGGCACCCGGGUCCACAUCCCUCAGUGCGACGACCAGGGCCACUUCCUUACACUGCAGUGUCAUGGCAGCACUGGCUUCUGCUGGUGUGUGGACCCCAACGGUCAUGAAGUCCCAGGCACCCGUACUCCGCCUGGCUCCACCCCACCGCACUGCGGACCACCACCAGAGCCCACCCAGAGGCCCCAGACCGUCUGUGAGCGCUGGAGGGAAAGCCUGCUGGAGCACUAUGGCGGCCCACCCCGGGAUGACCAGUAUGUGCCCCAGUGCGAUGAGCUGGGCCACUUCAGCCCCCUGCAGUGCCACGGGAAGAGUGACUUCUGCUGGUGUGUGGACAAGGACGGCAGAGAGGUGCCAGGCACCCGCUCCCAGCCAGGCAGCACCCCUGCAUGUAUACCCACGGUGGCUCCACCCUUGGUCCGGCCCACACCCCGGCCUGAUGUGACGCCUCCAUCUGUGGGCACCUUCCUGCUCUAUGCCCAGGGCCAGCAGAUAGGCCACUUGCCCCUCAAUGGCACCAGGCUUCAGAAGGAUGCUGCCAAGGCCCUGCUGUCACUGCAUGGCUCGAUAGUCGUGGGACUUGACUAUGACUGCCGGGAGAGGAUGGUGUACUGGACAGAUGUUGCCGGGCGGACAAUUAGCCGUGCCAGUCUGGAACCAGGAGCAGAGCCAGAGACGAUCAUUAAUUCAGGUCUCAUAAGCCCUGAGGGCCUUGUCAUUGAUCACUUCCGUAGAACGAUGUACUGGACGGACAGUGGUCUGGAUAAAAUAGAGAAAGCCAAGCUAGAUGGCUCUGAGCGCAAGGUCCUCUUCCACACCGACCUUGUGAACCCCCGUGCCAUCGCUGUGGAUCCAAUCCGAGGCAACUUGUACUGGACAGACUGGAAUCGAGAAGCUCCUAAAAUUGAAACAUCAUCUUUAGAUGGUGAAAACAGAAGAAUUUUGGUGAACAAAGACAUUGGACUACCAAAUGGUUUAACCUUUGACCCUUUCUCCAAAAUGCUUUGUUGGGCAGAUGCAGGAACGAAAAAGCUAGAAUGUACCCUUCCUGAUGGAACUGGACGACGUGUCAUUCAAAACAACCUCAACUACCCCUUCAGUAUUGUCAGCUACGCAGACCACUUCUACCACACGGAUUGGAGGAGGGAUGGUGUUAUAUCAAUAAACAGAGACAGUGGCCAGUUUAUUGACGAGUAUCUCCCAGAGCAGCGGUCUCAUCUCUACGGGAUAACUGCAGUCUACCCCUACUGCCCAGCAGGAAGAAAGUAAAUAUGGCAUGUAAAGGAUUUGGAGUUUAAAUACAUUUACUGAAAAACAAAGGUGAAGAAAGUAAAUCGGCCAUUAGAAGUUCCUGGACAUACAGUACAAAAAGACUAAGUAUAUUUUGUGAAAAGUUUAUACCUCAAUCUUUACUACUGUAUUUUAAAAAGCAACUUCGCAAACAUCAAAUUCAUUCAGCUAAAAACCCUAAAUUAAUUUUUGCUAUGAACUCUUUCUCACCAAGAAAUUAAAGCACAUAUGAUCAGUACAAAGUCCAAUCGUAAAGAUCAUAAACCUCAACAGAGAAUGCAAUGCAGGACUGAAUGGGAAGGAACCAAGAGAGCUUCCCAGCAAAAGUUGUAAGACUUUUUUUUACCUCUUUCUAUUUAUACUGAAAGGUGCUAGAAUAUUUCAAUUUGUAUUUUCUGAUCCUUUUAAGUUCCUUUAUAGAAUUACCCACAGAAAUUACUUCAUUUAUAAAUGCCAAAGAUGUAACAGUUCCCAAUUUCUAUGUUAAUCCAAUAAAAUAUUUUAAGGUUUUCCUA